AGUUCGGCGAAUUCUGGGGUCAUACAUUCGGUGUUUUACGGUACAGGGAGGUCUAUGGAAACGUGUCUGGUUGAAUUGAAGCCUGUUCUUCUGUGGAGAUUGCUGUGUACACAACUCGAAACCAUCAGUCCGAACUUCGCAGCUUGCUGUCAGCUCAGCCUUUGGCACCGCUCGUCUCAUUGCUUAGGCAACAGAAAACUAAAUCAGGAAUUGAAAUCAGGAAAAGAACUUCGUGCAGUCCAGUCAUCUAUGGGAUUAUUCUCAAGACACUCGCAUCUUGUGUGCGUCGCAAAUAUUUUGUAAACGUGACUUAAGCCCAACCCGUCUGAAGGUCACUAGCAGAACCUGGCACGCAGAAGAUAUUUGCCCUUUUUUUGUUGUGAUUCGCCGUCCUCACCUGCCUGUCGUGUUUGACGUAGACAGUCAUCAUAUUCAGGCUGUUGUGAAUAAAGGAUGCCGAGAGACAAGCUUGUGAUGGCGAGGGAGUAAGAUCCUGGCAUUGUGUCGGGAAGGAAGGAAUCCAAGUAGGGGGAGAGGGACGAGAGGACAGGGUCCACCUGCACAAGCGGCAGCGAGAAAGGGAGGAGGAGAGGGAGAGGAGGAGGAGGAGGAGGAGGAAGGGAGUGGCUAGACGGCUGGUGCAACUGAAAGACUGGAUGGUCCUCUCCAUCAGCUCCACCUGGUCUGGGCUGCCACAGAGAUGGCCUCCAACUUCAAUGAUAUAGUCAAGCAGGGCUACGUGCGCAUGCGGAGCAGGAAGCUCGGGAUCUACAGACGCUGCUGGCUUGUUUUUAAGAAAUCUUCCAGCAAAGGCCCAAGGCGACUGGAGAAAUACCCAGACGAGAAGUCAGCCUACAUCAGAGCAUGCCCGAAGGUAACCGAGAUAAGCAAUGUGAAGAACAUUACAAGACUUCCACGGGACACCAAGCGGCAGGCAGUGGCCAUCGUCUUCACCGAUGACACCUCCCGGACAUUCACCUGCGAGUCAGAGCUGGAAGCGGAGGAGUGGUUUAAGACUCUAUCAGUCGAGUGUCUGGGCACUCGUCUGAAUGACAUCAGUCUGGGGGAGCCCGACCUAUUGGCUGCUGGUGUUCAGUGCGAACACACAGAACGUUUCAACGUGUUCCUGCUGCCCUGUCCCAACCUGGACAUCUAUGGCGAGUGCAUGAUGCAAAUCACCCACGAGAAUAUCUACCUGUGGGACAUCCACAACCCCCGCACCAAACUGGUCACGUGGCCCCUGUGCUCACUGCGACGCUACGGGCGAGACGCUACCCGCUUCACCUUUGAGGCUGGCAGGAUGUGCGACAGUGGUGAGGGCCUCUACACAUUUCAGACCCGCGAGGGCGAGCAGAUCUACCAGCGGGUCCACUGCUCCACUCUGGCCAUCGCUGAGCAGCACAAGAAAGUUCUGAUGGAGAUGGAGAAGAAUAGGCUUCUGUCAAAAGGGUCAGAGACGGUCUCUUACCCCUGCACCCCCACGGCCAUCCUUCCCCGCAGUGCCUUCUGGCAUCAUAUCACAGGCAGCCAGGCAGACCCAGCCAAUGGAGACUCAUAUGGUGGAGGCCAUUCAGGAGGGGAUGACUCAGAUCUGUACUCUACUCGCCUCCCACAGGAGCGGCACUCGACUUUGCCCCUAAGCCACGGCAAACACCCACCUACCCCCUACCACUCUUACCCCAGCCAGUGAGAGGCUCCUUUCUGCGAGGUCUGCCCCCUCCAUGCCAUCGACUCGACAUUGUGUGUGCUAUACCCCUCUUAACCCUCAUCUCUUAUCAGGGCCAGGAUUAUCAAUGCCCUGUAUCCUCCACGGUACAGCAAUGAGGCCAGGGGGACAGACAGACUACGCACCCUAUAGUUGGAGAUACUUUGACGAGGACGACAUCCAAAUGACUUCAAACGACACAGCAGAGGUUGCCUUGUUCGUGGAACUACAGUUCCCAGAAGCCCUUAGUACGAUGGCAGACGGUUGCCAGGUUUCGUGCCUCUCACUCUAUGCACGCCCCAAUGGAUCAAGCAGCCAGGCUGUUUUAGGGGAAUGGAAAUUGCCUAUUGAGAGUGGCCUGACUGAGUCUCAUCUUGAGAAGGCUUUUAGUGGUCCUCAGCCUCCAAACUAAGGGCAAACUUCUAAUAAUCUAACCUCAUACCGGUUUUUUUUAGCAAUGUAGAGCAUUCCAGGUGACUUCCCAAACCCCAAGCCUCUGCUCUCUAGCAUGAUGUAACAAUGAUUGUGUCUCACUCAUUAAGCAGUUACACACAGCCAUGACCUCCGUCUUAGAUAGCCAUGCCCAUAUGGUUUUUCUCUACACAGAAGACACAUUGGGCUGAGGUCCAUCUCCAAAAAAGGUUCUUUAUCACAAAAGGAACUUUCACUUCUGUCAGUCUUAGCUAUUUUUUUACACUGAGCUGAUACAUUGGCUAGACUGCCUGAUCUUGUUGGAGUCUACACAGACAGAUACAUAGAUGACAGUGAACAGUGAUCUUGCCCUGUUGAAGAGCAAGACAUUUUUAUUUCCUGAACUUAGGGGACUCCUGUGUGCUAUGUUGCACCCCUAAAAACUCAAGAUGGUGUAAGAAGAUGAUGAUGACCUUGUGAAGGAAACCAGCCUCUCCAUCUUGGACGAGGUGAGGUCCUCCUGAGGGUUGUGAAUAUGAAGAUCAGCCAGUUUAAAGACAUUAAAGAGAUUAAAAAACAGCGAUGAACAGUUUUAAAGUUUUAGAUCAAAUAUCUUCCCUUUGUCAUCUCUCUUUCAGCUUGUCUUUUUGUUAAAGAGUCCUCUCUUCAAAGAUGGAGCUCUAGAACUGAUGUGAUUCUGAAAUUUGUCCCAUGCACAUGUUGUGAUUGGAAAUACUGAGAGGGGUGGAUCAGAUGGAUCUUUGGAUUUGAUUAAUAAGAUUUGUAAUUGGGUUAUGGGCCUUAUUAAUUAGAUAUCUUUUGUUUGCACUUCGUGAUAUGUUUUUUUAACUGUGUGUUUUUUAUUUAAAGCGAGGUAUAUCAAAUAUUUGUCCAUUCAAGGGGUCCUUACAUGCUCACACUAUGAGAAACUGGCUCUACUGAGGGUGAUGGACUGGUGUGUGAACAUCUGGUUUUAAGCUUUGAGCUUCAUGACCAAUCUCAAAUCAUCUUCUGAUGUGUUGAUGAAGACCCCCCAUACAAGAACCUUUUGUUUUAAGGUUUUUCACUCUGGUGAGGUACGGUGACAGAUAUCCAAGUGUCCUGCCUUACAGUUUAAACUCACUUCUCUCGAAGAUGCAGCCUUUUGCCUUGAGGCUGAAUUGAUACUGAUGUGGACAUUUCUCCACUGGAAACAUUAGCACUCCUUAAUGAUUGGAAAUCUUUCUAACAUUUCCAUGUAUGCUUCAGCUGUGUUUAUUUAUUACUAAAACUGGUCUGAAGAAUCACUCGACAACAUCUCACUCACAGCCAGCUAGAAUAUAAAACUGAUUGAUGAGAUGUAUUAGAAUUAUAUAUAAUUUACAGUUCCAGUCCAAUAAAUCAAAAGUAGACUAAUAAUUUCGAGUCUAUUUGAAUGUGUCAAGGAGUAAAACAUUGCUGUAACCAUGAUUCAGAGAGUAUACGGCUGGACUGGGUCAUGGUGGGGAAGACUUGUGUCUACAGCUAUUGCUUGUUACUUCAUGCUGGAACAUAUAAAUGCCUACUCUCACCCUCUCAUGCAGGAACACACUAAUAUACAUGCACACACACAUUUACCUUAUAUUAUUUGUGUUGUAUUAACAUAAAGAAGGGCUAAGUCUUUGUGCAUAUUUUUCCCCCUGUAUUUUUUGUUGACAUUUGCCUAUGUAUAUAGAAUAUGAUCUGAAUUGUUGCUGCCCUCUUGGGCCUCUGUAAAUAAUACUAUUUAUUUCACAUCAUGUGAUUGGUCAUGGCCAGUUCUAUUGAUUGUGUAUGUCAGUCUUUUUGUGUGUAUGUGUGUGUUUGUGUGUGUGUGAGUUCAGCUGCACAACUCUGGUAACAAGAAAGACCAUAUUUAAAGCUGAUGAAGUUGGCUGUUUUGACAUUCCCCAGUUGGAUUUUUAAAGUGAUCCGUUCUAACAGAUGUUCCUUGAUUUGAUUCUCUUAAUUGGACACAUGACUUAAAAUCUGUCUAAUGAAUUACUUGGGGUUUCAUGACAUAAAAGCCCCCUAUUACUGUCAAUCCCUCAUCAUCUGUCCUAUCACAGAGCUUAGUCAAAUGAGUAGCAACUGCCAGCCAACAUAUAUGUACCAAAUGUGCUGUCUGUAGGUCUUGUGUCCUGGGUCAUAUUCACAAUGCUGCUAUUUCUCAUUGCUACAGUAACGUGCUAUCAGGUACAAACUCCCCACUAUGAUCACAUAGUUUUGACUGACAUACCUUGUCUAUUUAAGUGAUACAGAUGAUUCAGAAUGAAACUGAUUGUGCAGUGUUAGGCACUUACACUUUGGGUUGUUAAGCUUCACUCACACAUUACUAGCCUGCAGUCACCAAGGGUGGGGUCUUUAAAAAGCACUGCUAAUAUCAUGGGCAAAAUCUGUUGGCCUCAUUCAGUAAGCUCAAUACUCCUCAGUUCAUCAGAAAAGGCAGGGUGAGAGCAGUGGAGACGAUACGGCUUAUCAGAGGGCAGUUACUGGUGGGGCUUGGUUCCAGAUUUUGCUAUGACCAUCUGAAUGUUCUCCUCUCAGACAUCUAGUGAGUGAACCACAGGAAUGACUGCACGAAUAUAUUAAACAAGUGGCACUGUCAUUGUAAAAACCAGACCUGUUUCUGUAUCAAUUUGUUCCUUUCCAUACAACCAUGUAGAAUACCGGUUCAGGUUUUGUUCAUGUGUCAAAAGUGGGAAGUUUAUUACUUUCUCUGCACCAAACCAGACUAGAGACUCAAACUACAGAUGAUUAUUUCUGCUUCGACCCAAACAGCCUCUGCAUAUGAAAUAAAUUAUGAAAGCUUAAUUUGGAAUAACUUUAUGUUUGACCUACAUUACAGUUCAAAAGCUACGUCUUUGUUUCUCUGCUGUCUUGAGAUGCAUUAAUGAGAGAGAUCCCUGCAAAAAAUUGCCUUUGAGAAACAGGUGUUGAAUGCAUAUUUGUCAGCGGGUCAAAUAAUCCAUUGCUGAGAACCUUAGUGUGCAAUGUAGUUCUGUUAGGAGCAUGUUGGAGACCCACCCACAUUGCAUGAAUUCCUUUCACAUAAUGCCAUGUGUGUUUAGUAAUGUUUGUGGUAAAACAUUUUGCAGUUUUUUCAAUAAAAAUGUUUUUACACAA